AUAUCACUUUCAUUGUGACUUCUGAUUAGAUAGAGAGGUCUAAUUUAACCCAUUUAGUUUCAGUUUCAUAAACAUUUGGCUUAUGCUGACAUUGUUUGAAAGAGCAUCUGCUUUCAGAAGUUCUACAGAAUUUUCACUUCCUAAAGUUUUCCAGAAAUAAAGUAUAACUGCAGGCCUUUAUCAUCUAAGUUACUCUGGAAUGUUUUAUUUGUAACAGUAAUUCUGGCAACUGCUAAUUGGCUGCUUUUGAUGUUAUUGCAGGAUCCUAUUAACUCUUUGGAUGAUAAGUCUGAAAGCAGACUUUAUGUCGGAAACCUUGAUCUUAGAAUAUCAGAGGCUGCUCUUAUUAAGAUGUUUUCCCCCUAUGGGAAGAUUGUAGCUGAAGACUUCCUGUGGCACACUCGUGGUCCUAAGCGUGGGGAGCCACGUGGUUAUGCUUUUGUCCAAUUUAGUACUAAAGAGGAAGCUGUACUGGCCAAGGAGAAGAUGCAUGGAAAAUUAGUGUGUGGGCGACCUUUGGUUGUUAGGCUUGCCAGCGAGAAAUAUUUUAUGGAAGGGGCUGAAAGCUCUUUUGGAGCUGGUGGUGAAACGAGUAAAUCCAACUUUGUUUCUGGCUCUUCGGCGCAAAUGAGCAAGACUGCCAAAAUAGCUGCAAUUAAGAACAAAUUGAAGGCCAUGGAAGAAGAGAACCAGAACUCAAAAAGACCAAAAACAACGGACAAGCUCUCCGAUAGUUAAUGUCAGAUGAUGUCGAGCUCAGUAUACUGCUACAGUCCGUUGAGGUUCUCUUGUCCUCAUCGCCAAAAAAAACUCGUACUCAUAUUUUUCCGUCUUCAGAGUUACAAUAUAGAUAUCUUUGGAUCUUUGUAUUUAGAAAAUGCGAGGAUGAUAGUUAUAUUGGUUCAUAAACCUCCGUGCAGAGUGAUGUCAACUUUGUUUUCCUGGCAGAUAACUUCGGAUCUGCUGAUUCUCGUUGCGCACUUGGAUUUGAAAGCCAAACUUGGACAAUGAGCUUUACUGGUUUUAAACAUUAAAAGACAUACAUUACAUA